AUGGAGUCUCUCACGAUGAAUGACUUGAACAACACACGAAAGGCGGGCACUGAAGUGCUUUUUUUCAAUCGUGUUCCGAAAGUUGGAAGUCAAACUUUUAUGGAGCUCUUGCGUCGCUUGUCCAUUCGGAAUGACUUUAAUUUUCAUCGAGAUGCCGUUCAACGUGUGGAAACAAUUCGUUUGGCGCCAGAUCAGCAACAAGAGCUUGCAGAGUUGAUUACUGAUCUGCCGGAGCCUUCGGUUUAUGUGAAGCAUGUUUGUUACACGAAUUUUACGAGAUUCAAUCUGCCAACGCCAAUUUACGUGAAUAUGGUAAGAGAUCCCGUUGAACGUGUGAUUAGCUGGUAUUACUAUGUACGAGCGCCAUGGUAUUACGUUGAACGGAAACAAGCCUUUCCGGAUUUGCCGUUGCCCGAUCCACGAUGGUUGAGGAAGAACUUCGAAGCCUGCGUUCUCCGUGGCGAUCAAGAAUGCACUUACCGCGAAGGCGAAACCCACGAAGGCAUCGGAGAUCAUCGUCGUCAAAGUCUCUUCUUCUGUGGACAUGAUUACGAGUGCACUCCUUUCAACACAGAUGGCGCUCUCCAACGUGCAAAACGUGCUGUCGAAACACAAUACGCCGUCGUCGGAGUUUUGGAAGAUCUCAACACAACCCUAACUGUCUUUGAAAAAUACGUGCCUCGUUUCUUCCAGGGCGCAACAGAAGUCUAUUAUGACGAGAUCGCGAACGGAAAUCGCAUCAACGGAAACGCCUUCAAACCACCCGUUAGCGAAGAAGUCAAAAAUAUCGUGAGACGCAAUUUUACGCGCGAAAUUGAAUUCUACGAAUUUUGUCGUCAACGGCUACAUAAACAAUUGUUAGCGGUGAAUUUAGGGAAAUAA